AUCUAUAUUCUGAUCAUGGUAAACCAGGCGCAAUCUUGUGAUCUGAAGGAUUUGGUCCAGAAGUUUAUUCCUGAAUCAAUUGAUAGGGAGAUUGAGAAGACAACUUCAAGCAUCUACCCUCUGCAGAAUGUCUUCAUUCGCAAAGUCAAGAACUUGAAAGCUCCCAAGUUUGAUCUUGGCAAGUUGAUGGAGGUCCACGGUGACUACUCUACGGAGGAUGUUGGAGUGAAAAUGGAAAGGCCUGCUGAGGAGCCUGUUGAGGCAGCAGCUGAGGUAAUUGGAGCUUAAAUGAAGCUUUAUGGGUUUCUUUUGUUUCUUGAAUGUUGUUUAUGGUUUUUCAAAAUAAGGUUCCAUCAACAUUGCUCAUAAUAUAGUUCAACAUGAUAGAACCAAGAAUAUUGAAGUUGACAGACAAUUUAUUAAGAAAAAGUUGAGCAAGGUUUUGAUUUGUAUGUCAGUUAGAAGAUAUAUUCACUAAAAGGCUUGGUAGUAAGAAUUUUCACCCCAUUAUUUGCAAGUUGGGCAUGAUAAGUAUCACGUGUUAUGUAAACUUGGAAGUGUAUUUGUAGUUACUAAUUUAAUAUUAAAACAAGAGGAUGAUGGAAAGAAUCCUAAUUCACUCUCUCUCUUCCCAUUCCAGCAUAUAAUUUCUCUUUUCUUCUGUAUUCUUCUUCUUAUUGUUAAAUCUAACUAAAUUUAACAAUAAUUCAAGGAA